AUGUCCACAUUUAAUGUCCAGAACUAUAUCAAGAACAAAUAAUUUUCCGAAAAAUACCUAAUAAAACCGAAAAACGAUGAUAUAAACAAAUACAAGUUAUUAGUUCUCCCUAAUAACAUCUAAGUAAUGCUUAUAAAUAAUAACUAAACUUAAUUCAGUUCCGUAGCUUUGGAUAUAAAAGCCGGAAGUUGGCUCGAAUAAACAGAUACUCCUGGUUUAGCACAUUUUCUGGAACAUAUGUCAUUUGUAUAAUCUGAAUAAUAUCCGGAAAAGUUUUAUUUAGAUAAAAUAUUAAGUCGAAACGGCGGGUUAUCUAAUGCAUUUACCACAAAUGAUCAUACAAACUACUUUUUUAAAACUAAAACUAGUAGUUUAGAAGAAUGUUUAAAAGUAUUUGCAAAUAUGUUCAUUUCUCCGAUUUUUAAUGAUGAAGUUAUUUAAAAAGAAAUAAAAGUAAUAGAAAAUGAAUAUUAAUUAAAUUUAAAUUAAGAUGAAUUUAAAAUUAAUAAAUUAUUAACUUUAUUAUCAGAUUAAAAAUCACCAUUUAGUCGUUUUAGUUUAGGCAAUUAAAAUAGUUUAUAAAGUAUAAAUAAUUUAUAAGAAAGAUUAAAAGAAUUCUAAACAAAAUAUUAUGUUGGAAAUUUGAUGAAAUUAGUAAUUUAUUCAAAUGAAGAUCUUGAAAAACUCUAAUAAUAUACAUAAAUAUUUGCUUAAAUAAAAGAUUAACCACAAAAUUCAUAAAAGCCAGAUUUUUCUAUAUAUGGAAAACCCUUAAAGGACCUCGGAAAAUUAAUAAAGCUAAAAUUAAAUAGCGAAAACACUCAUUUAUAUUUAAUUUAUUAACUCAAUAUAGAUAAAAAGGCCUUUAAAAAGCGAGCUUUAGAAUUCCUAACUUAUUUCCUUGAAAAUCGUACCGAAGGUAGUCUAUAUUAUGAAUUAAAGGAAAAAAUAACUGAUAUAAAUACCUAAAUACUCCUACAAGAAUCUAAAUAUGUAUUAUUUUAAAUAACUUUCGUUUUAAAAAAAUAAUAAAUUUAAAAAUACAAUGAAAUAAUAAACUCUUUUAUAAACUACAUUCAAUUUAUUAAAGAAAAAGGACUUAUAGACACUAUAUAUCACGAAAGAGCUAAAAUUUCUGACCUAGAAUUCACAUAUAGACAAAAAUAAACUUUUUCUGAAAAAGAUGUUUCUUAAUUUGCAUUUAAUCUAAAUACUUUUAAUUAUAAAGAAGUCUUUGUUGCAGAUAAAAUCUUCCAAGAAUAAUUCGAUAAAAAAUAUGUUUCUUAAAUAAUUGAAUAAAUAUAAGAUUUAGAAAACAAUUCUCUUAUAAUACUCGGUUCUUCUACUUUUGAAGAAGAAAAUUCACAAAAUAAGGAAAAUAAUGAAAACACAGAUGAUUUCUUAACUAAUGAUAUAUUUGAAAAUGAAGAUUCCCUAUAUAAUAUAUAAUAUAGUGAAAUUAAACUCACAGCUGAAUAAAUAGAAAAUUUGUUAGAAAUAAAUACUGAAAAAGCCAGUAAAUAUACUAAAGAACCUAGAAAUACAUAUGUUCCUUUCUAAACUAAAUUGGUAGACAUUUGUAAUUAAAAUGAUAUGUUAAUAAAUGAGGGAAAUAUAUCAGGUUUAUAGGGAGAAAAGUUAAGUUUCGCCUUUUAGAAUUUCGAUUAUAAUCCAGACUCUAAUGAAGAAUGUCUUAUUGAAGAUUUCUUAUAAACAAAAAAAAAUCCUUCCUUAAUUAAAUACGAAAAUGGCAUUGAAGGUUGGUAUAAAUUCGAUUAAUAUUAUUAAACUCCUAAAAAUUUUGGCUAUUUUUCCAUUUAAUUCCCUGAAAGAUAAAACGAUAUUCAAUAGGUCGCUUCAGGGUUAGUUUAUGCCACUCUUUUUACAGAAUUUGUUUCCGAAUAGUUAUUUUCGGCUAUAGAAGCUGGUAAUAAGAUUGAUAUUUCAUACCAAAUGGCAUCUUUAAAGAUCAAAUUAAUCGGUUGGAGUGAAAACUUCAAAGAAUUAGUACUUUCUUUAUUCACUAUUUGGGAAAAAAUGGAGCUUAACGAAGAAAAAUACAUACUAUCUAAAUCGAAAACAAUAUAAAAUUUAUAAGAAAUGAAAUCGUUUACAACCCUUGAACAAGGCGAAAAAUUUUUCCUUCCAAAAUCGAUUUUCGGUACUUUUUACGAACUUGAAGAAAUAAUAAAAAGUGUACAAAAAAUAACGUUCGAAGAUAUAAAAAAUAAAAAUGAUAAAAAUAAAACAAAAUUGGUAGCUUUUAUCGGAGGUAAUAUUUAAGCUAAAUAAGCUUAAGAAAUCCUUAAUGAAAUUCAAGAUAUAUCUAGUUUUAAUACCAAUAAUUAAGAAUAUUAACCUAAAUAAAAAAUACUUAAAAUAUAGCCAUCUAAUACAUAUUAAAUAAGGUAAAAAGUAAUUUCUUAAAAAGGUAAUUUAAAUAGAGCUAUAGUAAAUUAUUAUUAAUGUGAUAUUAGAAAUAAUAUAGAUUUAGCCAAAAUGAAUAUUAUAAUUAAUAAUUUAGAUACUUUUUUAUAUGAUUACUUAGGUACUGAAUAAUAAUUAGGUUAUAUAAUAGAAAGUAAAUUAGUAACAUAUGGAAAUAUAGAUGGUUUUUUAAUAAAAGUAAUGGGAGAUAAGAAUAAAGUGACUGAAAUGAGUAAUUAUGUAAAUAGGGCUUUAAUGUAUUAUAAGUAAUAAAUAGAAGUGUAUAUGAAUAAAUAUUUUGAAGAAACUAAAAAGAGUGUAUUAGCAGUUUUAAAAAGCCGAAAAAAUUCUUUAGAGGAAGAUUUGGAUUUCAAUAUUUAAUAAAUAGAGUAAUUUAAGUUUAAUUUUUUCGAUUUAAAUGAUUUUAUUUUAAAAGUCGAGAGUUUAACAAAAGAUGAUGUUUUGGAUUUUUUCGAGUAAAUUUUCUUUGAUUAGAAAAAAUUAGUUUCAAUUUAAGUACAUAAUUAUAAUGAUAAAAUCGUUAAAACUUUAUCAGAAGAUGAUAAUAUUUCUAAUGAUUAAAUUAAGGUCGUUUUGGAUAUAAAUAAAGAUAUGGUUGGACUUGAAUAUUAUGAGGUUGAGGCUGAUUUAUCUUAUUAAUAAAAACUAAUUAAAAAAAUGUUUAACAAAUACUAAUUUGAAGCUGGAUUUGGUUUCUUUUUAGGAAUGGGAAAAGCAAUUAUGUAAGAUGUACCUAAAAUGUCAAUGUUGCCAAAACACACAUUCGGAGCUUUUGGAAUUAGUUUAACAUAUUUUUUUACUAAUGAAAUCGCUAAUAGUUACGUAAGAAGAAAUUUUGGAAGAGAAUAUUUGUUUAUAAACAAUACAAUAGCAGCUUUAAUAACUAAUGUUUUAACAUUUACAUUUUUAUACACAUGA